AUGGCUGCUGUUCAGCUAGAUCUCGCAGUAGUGCAGCAGCUCGCCGCUGAGCAGCGCGCCCUUCUUGACACUAUUGACGAGCUUCGAAAACUUGGCCUAGGAAAAUUUGUCCAACUUCCUCAACUCAUCGUUGUUGGCGAUCAAUCAUCCGGAAAAAGCUCCGUCCUGGAGGCCAUCUCUCGUGUCCGCUUUCCUAUCAAAGACGGACUCUGCACGCGCUUUGCAACUGAGUUGGUGCUUCGCCAAGCCUCCCAGACGAAAGUCAACGUCCAGAUCCAGAAUGAUGCUGGCGAUGUGGACGAUCAUGUCUUUGACAGAACCGGCCUCAACAACGACGAACUUCCUGCUAUCAUCGAGGAAGCCAAAGAUGUCAUGGGUGUCGGCUCGGGAUCAAGUACAUUCUCAGAACAAGUCCUCCGGGUGGAAAUUUCCGGCCCUGUUGUUCCACAGUUGACGCUUGUCGACCUCCCCGGUUUCUAUCAUAAUGAGACAGAGAACCAAGAGGCCGGCGGUGUUGCUGUGGUCGAUCGGCUCGCAGAAAAGUAUAUGCGCCAGAAGAACAGCAUCAUCCUCGCCGUUGUCUCAGCCCAAAGUGAGCUGGCUGCCCAAAAGGUUUUGAAUGAAGCGAAAAAACACGAUCCUACCCGAGGGCGAACCCUGGGAAUCAUCACCAAGCCCGAUAAGGUUGACCAGGGCUCCCACAACGAAGGCCAAUACUUGCGUCUGGCGGAGAACAAGGAAGGCUCUCACAAACUGGCACUCGGCUGGCAUGUGCUACGCAACCGAACUCAUAUGGAGACCACGUCAACAGAUGGCGAACGUGAUGAGGCCGAGAAGAACUUCUUUCGAAACGGAGUGUGGGCAACAAUCAAGGCUCAGGACAGGGGCAUUGAGGCUCUCAGGGACAAGCUCAGCCAGGUUCUCUUGGCACACAUUCAGCGCAAACUUCCAGAGCUCAUCGAUGACAUUGAACACUUGAUCAAGCAACGUCAAAGUCGACUCAAGGAACUGGGCGAGCAACGUUCAACACCACAGGCCAUGAGAACGUACCUCACCAAGAUCAGUUCCCGUUUCCGUGAGCUUGCUGGCGAAGCAGUUAGGGGCAACUACCUUGACGAUUUCUUUGGCGGUUUGUAUCCUGAUCCAGACUCGACCGAAUACACCGAUGCUCGAAUCAAGAAGUUGCGCGCCUUGGUGAGGGACCUCAACAGAGUCUUUGCACACGUUUUGUUGGUCAAAGGUAGUCGACGCAAGAUUCUUUGGGACGGCGAUAACCAGGACAGGGACUCUGAUGACGGUGAAUCUGACAACGAAGAAAAUGAAUGUUCUGAGCCAGAGCUUGCAGCCCAUCUUCACCAGCUUCUUGAACAUUAUCCUUUUGAAGACCCAGCAACCGUUUCGCUCGCAAAUCUCAAGGGCGAGUUGGAAGCCAUGGCCUCUGAGAACCAGGGCACCGAGUUUCCGGGCUCACCCAAUGAUCGAUUGACGCUCCGUCUCUUCCGGGAUCAAUCACAGCCUUGGGAGGACAUCGCCGAACGUCAUAUCAAACUGAUCACGGAAAUUUGUCAGGGCUUUACCGAGAAGCUCAUAGAUCAUAUCGUCGGAAGAGACCCCAAGACGGCACAGGCACUCCUGAGAGAGUACGUUGCCCCAUUCUUUCAAGAAAAGGCGUCUUUGCUAGGUGUCAAGCUUCAGGAACUGCUGUAUCACUACAUGAAUGGGUACGAUCCUAUGCCCUUGCUCAAGAACACACGAAGCCGGAGGGGGGGGGAGCGGCGAGUUCAGCAAACCGCCCGUCAACUUGAGAAGGUGUAUCCAAAUCUGGAAGGGUUGACCCAUGAACAUGUGUCGAGAGCUGUGUUGGAAGCAGCUUCAGAGGCAACCCCGUCUAGUGAUUUUGGAACAGACAAAAUCAUUGAGAGCAUGGCCAAUUAUUAUGACAGGUCACUUGACAUCUUCAUUGACAAUGUUGUGGUCCUCGGACUGGAAAACUGUCUUCUGCGCCACCUCCCAACCAUCCUCGAUCCUGACAUGGUUCCUAACAUGACAGAUGAAGAUGUCGAAAAGGUUGCCGCUGAAUCACGUCCAGUAAGGCAGGAGAGAGAAGAGCUGCAAGUCCAACUUACCAAGCUCCAGAGUGGACAUGCUGCGUGCAGAGCGUUCCAGCCAAGAGGCUUGCCUUCGUUCUCUGCGUCGAGCAGAAACGGGAUGGCAAUUGGGGGGACCGGCCUUGUUUUGAGGCGGGGACCUAGCCAGAGCCCAGCUCCGAUACCAAGCAUCGAAACCGAGAGAACAGCAACUGCUGGGAGCCGACAGUCAACCACUACACUCGGCCGCACACCUUCCUCUUCUUCGACAAGCACUGGUACACCACGUGUUUCGGGAUCUUCCGCUCCUGUUUCUACUUCAGCCCCAGCUCCCCGCUCACUCUUCGCGGACAUGAAGAACACACCCGCCCCCAGGUCUGGUGGGUUAUUCACCACCACACCAUCCACGUCCGGGGUAUUUAGCACUAAACCAGCCACGCCCGGCACUGGUGGGCUAUUCGGAACGAGUGAUCCUGCACCAACGGCUUCUUCGCUUUUUGGCCCCAAGGGCUCUUCAGUGUUUGGUAAUCCAUCAACUCCGAACUCAGCGUCUUUAUUCUCUGCUCCCUCCGGCACAAAUGCCUUUACAUCAGUCGCCAAGGCUCCCGCUCCUUCGUCAUUCUCCAAUGCCCCUACUGCUGCGUUUCCUUCCGGAGGAAUAUUUGGCAGCAGUAAUAACCAAAGUGGUGGUGCUAUGAAUAGUACGAAGCCGGGGCAGGCAUCAGGUUCGGGUUUUUUCGGCUCUCCUUCCGCUAAAACUGGAGGGGCUCAAGGCAGUUAG